GGUUGUCAGCCUGGGCGUUCCUGGUCAGAAUUAGAAUCCCCCGCUCGAGUGAGAGGGCCGUAAGGCAUUCACCUUGAACGAGCGGGGAGACUGUGGGCGAGAGUGGGGGAAUUGAAUAUUUUCUGCUGCUUCCCUUUCAACAUGAAGGAUGAUCAAGUUGUGCUGGAAGAACCAGGAAACCAAUAUGAAGAGGAAUCUUUGUUUCAAGACAUUGACCUAUUACAGAAACAUGGAAUUAACGUGGCUGACAUUAAGAAACUGAAGUCAGUAGGAAUUUGUACCAUCAAAGGGAUACAAAUGACAACAAGGAGAGCCCUCUGCAAUGUCAAAGGACUCUCAGAAGCCAAAGUAGAUAAGAUUAAAGAGGCAGCCAACAAGCUGAUUGAACCAGGAUUCUUAACUGCAUUUGAAUACAGUGAGAAGAGGAAGAUGGUUUUCCAUAUCACCACUGGGAGCCAGGAAUUUGAUAAGUUGCUAGGAGGUGGAAUUGAAAGCAUGGCAAUCACAGAAGCUUUUGGAGAAUUUCGUACUGGAAAAACUCAGCUCUCUCACACCCUCUGUGUGACAGCUCAACUUCCAGGAACAGGUGGCUACUCGGGAGGAAAGAUUAUCUUCAUUGAUACAGAAAAUACUUUCCGUCCAGAUCGCCUUCGAGACAUUGCUGAUCGAUUCAAUGUAGACCAUGAUGCAGUACUGGACAAUGUACUUUAUGCACGUGCAUAUACUAGUGAACAUCAGAUGGAGCUACUUGAUUAUGUAGCAGCAAAGUUCCAUGAAGAAGCUGGCAUCUUCAAGUUAUUGAUCAUUGAUUCAAUAAUGGCACUUUUUCGAGUGGACUUCAGUGGUCGUGGGGAGUUGGCUGAACGGCAGCAAAAAUUGGCCCAGAUGUUGUCACGACUCCAAAAAAUCUCAGAAGAAUAUAAUGUGGCUGUUUUUGUGACCAAUCAAAUGACUGCCGAUCCAGGAGCAACUAUGACCUUCCAGGCAGACCCCAAAAAACCCAUUGGAGGACACAUUCUGGCUCAUGCUUCAACUACAAGAGUAAGUUUGCGAAAGGGAAGAGGAGAGCUAAGAAUUGCCAAGAUUUAUGACAGCCCCGAGAUGCCUGAAAAUGAAGCCACCUUCGCAAUAACUGCUGGAGGAAUUGGGGAUGCCAAGGAGUAGGUGGUGAAUUGAUGCCAAUUGCUUCUCUGUGCUUAUUAGAAGCUGAAGACAUGGAAAAGCAGUCUGAAUUUUAGGUCUUGAAAUUAGAGUUUGUUUUUUUCACGUUAUUAAAGGAAAGUCAGCAAAAGAUAUGUAAAUCUUAUAUUUAUCUUAAAAGUUCUGAUAUAUAUAUAUUGCAUGUCAA